CCGGCGGCCGUAGCGGUGCCAGUGGCGGCGGCGGCGGGCGGCGGAGGAGGCGGCGGCGGCGGAGGAGGAGAGGGGGGGCCCCGGGAGCGGCGACCUUCGCAGGGGGCUGCCGUGGCGGGAGAUGCGCUUGCUCCCAGCGGCGCCAGGAGCAACAUGUUCCCCGGUGCCGACAGCGCUAGCAGCACGGCCGGGCAGCCCGAGGCGGCGGGGGCCGCCGCCCCCGGCCCGCUGGGCUCGCACGGCCCCGGUGGCGAGGCGCGCCGCCGCAGCGCCCCGGCGGCCGCCGCUGUGGUCGGCAGCGGCGAAGAAGAGGCAGCGGAAGACGAGGAGGACGAGGAUCCCGGAUCAUCCCGCUUCGUGCUGGCGGCGGGACUGGGGCUUCUGGCUGUGUCCGUCGUCCACCUGGGACAGGAACGGGCCGAGGCGGGGGGCAGCGGGCCGCCGUGCCUGGCGCUGCUGCUGCUCCGCCUCGCCCUCUACGUGGGCUGCGCCGCCGCUGCCGCCGCGCUGGGCACCCUGAUCGUCCUGAUGUGCCGCGGCCGCCGCCGCCUGCCGCCGCCGGACUUCGCCGCCGUCGCUCCGGUCCGGCCGGUCGCGGGGAGUAAUUGGUCUGGAAGCUCUCAUGAUUCAAUCCAAUCAAGGAGAGUGGUUAUUUCUCACAAUAUGGAUAAAGCACUGAAAGAAGUGUUUGACUACAGCUAUAGAGAUUACAUCCUGUCCUGGUAUGGGCAACUGAGCAGAGAUGAGGGGCAGCUGUACCAGCUGCUCUCUGAAGACUUUUGGGAGAUUGCCAAGCAGCUGCGACAGAGGCUGAGUCACAUUGAUGUAGUUAAAGUUGUCUGCAACGAUGUAGUGAAAGCUUUACUCUCACACUUCUGUGACCUUAAAGGAGCCAAUGCCAGGCAGGAAGAUCCACCGAGACCUUUUUUGUUGCACUCAUGCUUGAGGAGCUCUGAUGAAGAAGUAAGAUUUCUGCAAAAAUGUUCUCAAGUUCUGGUGUAUUGUCUCCUACCCUCAAAGGAUGUCCAGUCUGUCAGCUUGCGCAUAGUCCUUGCAGAAAUACUUGCAACAAAAGUACUGAAACCAGUGGUGGAACUGCUGAGCGAUCCAGAUUACAUUAACCGAAUGCUACUCAGCCAGCUGGAGUACAGAGAACAGAUGAAUGAGCAUCAGAAGAAAGACUACACAUAUGCUCCUUCUUAUGAGGAGUUCAUCAAGCUCAUUAACAGCAGCUCUGAUGUUGAGUUCCUGAAACAACUGAGGUAUCAAAUUGUAGUGGAAAUAGUUCAGGCAACCACAAUCAGCAAUAUUCCCCAAGUGAAGAGACAGAAAGAUUCAAAAGGAAAAGAAACUGCAGCAAUGAAAGCUGACCUCCUAAGGGCUCGCAAUGUGAAGAGGUAUAUUAAUCAGCUGACAGUGGCAAAGAAGCAAUGUGAGAAGAGAAUCAGGCUCCUGGGAGGGCCUGCUUAUGAUCAGCAGGAAGAUGGCAUUUCUGAUGAAGGCGAUGGCCCUCCAAGUCAGAAGAUUCUUCAGUUUGAAGAAAUUUUGGCCAGCCCUUCAUACCGAGAGCACUUCCGGAUCUACAUGGAGAGGAUGGACAAGAUGGCUUUGAUUGGCUUCUGGGAGUCCGUGGAGAAUCUGAAGAAUGCUAACAAGGCUGAAAUACCUCAACUGGUGAGUGAAAUUUACCAGAAUUUUUUUGUGGAAAGCAGAGAAAUACCUGUGGAAAAAUCCCUUUAUAAGGAAAUACAGCAAAGUCUUGUGGGAAACAAAGGCAUUGAAGUAUUCUACAGAAUUCAAGCAGAUGUUUAUGAAACUCUAAAGGACAGAUACUACCCCUCAUUCAUUGUCAGUGAUUUAUAUGAGCGAUCAGUCAAGCAGGAGGAAGAAAGAAGUUCUGCUCAGCUAACUCCUGAAGACAAAGAUGAAGUGAGCCAAGGUUGUGAAGAAGCUACUGAAGAAUGCAGCACAAGAAUUAAUGAACAGGCCAGUUAUGCUGUAAAUAAACUUCGCCAGCUAAAUGACAAGCUUGAGUAUAAGAAACAGGCUCUAAAUUCCAUUUGCAAUUCACCAAAACCCGACAAAAAGAUUGUUUCUAAGCUGAAGGAUGAAAUUACUCUGAUGGAGAGAGAGCACAGUGACCUUCAGCUGCACAUUGCAAGAACAGACUGGUGGUGUGAGAACCUUGGCAUGUGGAAAGCCUUCAUUGUCUCAGGAGAGGUUUUAGAAGAGAAUGGAGAACAAGUGCCCUGUUACUCUGUCAUGGUGAGUUUACAAGAAGUUGGUGGAGCUGAAACUAAGAACUGGACUGUUCCCAGGAAGCUCAGUGAGUUUCAGAACCUACACCGCAAACUCAGUGAGUGUUUUCCAUCAUUAAAGAAAGUUCAGUUGCCUUCUCUCAGCAAGCUGCCCUUCAAAUCCAUAGACCAGAAAUUCAUGGAGAAAUCCAAGAAUCAGCUUAAUAACUUUCUGCAGAAAUUACUCUCUGAUGAAAGACUCUGCCAGAGUGAAGCACUUUAUGCCUUCUUGAGCCCCUCCCCAGAGCACCUCAAAGUUAUUGAUGUGCAAGGCAAGAAGUCAUCGUUUUCACUCUCCUCAUUUCUAGAACGACUUCCUGGUGAUUUGUUUUCUCAUCAGGAGGAAGAAACAGAAGAGGACAGUGACCUGUCGGACUAUGGAGAGGAGGUGGAUGGGAAGAAGGACUCUCUUGCUGAGCCGUGUUUCAUGCUGAUUGGAGAGAUUUUUGAACUGCGAGGAAUGUUCAAGUGGGUCAGAAAAACAUUAAUUGCACUAGUACAAGUCACUUUUGGAAGAACCAUCAACAAGCAAAUCCGUGACACUGUACACUGGAUGUUCAGUGAACCAAUGCUUGUUUACUACAUUGGUGUUUUUCGAGAUGCUUUCUGGCCAAAUGGAAAGUUAGCUCCACCACCGAGAGCCAAGAGCGAUGAACAAAAGCAGGAGACAAAACAGAGAGCACAGCAAAAACUACUUGAAAACAUUCCAGAUACUCUGCAGAAUCUUGUUGGACAACAAAACGCCCGUCAUGGUGUAGUGAAAGUGUUCAAUGCAUUGCAAGAGAGAAAGGCUAAUAAGCAUCUACUUUAUGUUUUGCUGGAACUGCUGCUAACUGAACUGUGUCCUGAGCUGAGAGCUCAUUUAGAGCAGCUUAAUGCCACUUAGGUUUGAAUCUGCACAAUUGGACCACUAGAGAAAUGUCUAUGUUCAAGAAUAGACAUGAAACUUAUUUUCCUCUUUUCCAUAGAGGGCUGAGGACUAUGAUUAUUUUUAGCGUUUUUCUUUCCUCUUGAGUUUUUUGUGAAGUACAGACUUGAAAAGAUCUGAUGCUGUUGUAGGGUAGACAAAAAAAUGCUGUGUAGCUGCCAAUUUUUAUUUAAAGUGUUCUAUUUGACUACUCCUCUGUUUCAAAUAUAGAUUGAAAAAUUAAUGUUCAUAUAUGCUGAAAGAAACCAGAAGAUAUUUUAAACAUUUAUGGAAAGAAAUUUUCCUUAUAGUGGUAAACUAAUGAAUGUUGUACAGUUCUAAUCUCCUCACUGAGGAUCUGAGCAUUCCUUUUUUUUUCUUGUGUAUUGAAAAAGCCUUGUUGUGCAAUACUACAUGUAAAGCUAUUGUGAAAAUUUUAUCAAUUUUGGUUUUACCAAAGAUUUCCUGUAGUUUGAAGCAUUUGUAAGCAAUAAAUAUCACAACUGGAUUGCAGCACUUGAUAAUAAGGCUGUACUGACAACAGAUCAAUGGGUUUGACAGCACUAGUUUUGUAAGAAGUAUCUACAUUGCUUUGAAGUCUGUGUCAAAAUUAUGUAUUGUAAACUGGUAUGUCCUAACAGAAUGCCUGUGUUCAAUGUUAGUUCAGAGAUUAGUGCUUAUGAAUUGCUUCUAUGAAUGAUCAAGUAGACAGUUAAUUAAACCAUUCUGAUAACUUCCCUGAUAUUAUUCAGGGCUGGUUUAUUCAAAUGCCCCAAUUUCAAAUAACCUCCAAAUUUUUCUCUUAUUUUUUACAAGGAAAGAAAACUGUCUUCGGUGGUUGGGUUUUUUUUAAAUUUAUGUAAAAAUAUGUAAAUAUUAUGUUAAUGCACAUCUAAAUAAUUAAACAUCAUCAAAAAUC